AUGGUGAACGAAUCACAAGGACCGUCAAGACCUAAUGCUGGUGUUAUCGCAUCGUCGUCUACCACGCGGAGUAGGAAGAAUGCUAUACCUGAUGAAGAUGCUACAAAGCUUCAAUUUGGAGAAUUCGCCGACGGUGAAGCGUUGACUCUCACCGAAGUGUCAACACUACUCGUCGCAGCUAGAGCCGCUCCAGGUGUCCCUCCUGCCCCAGAUAACAAAGUUUACAAAGCCAGUGUGGGAUACGUUACCGAGUUUCAAAACGCCAGUAUGGAAGUUUCAGAGAGUAUGCGAACCGCUCUUAUGGCUCGACCUGGAUUUCUGAACAAGUUUGAGAUAGCUCAGAUAAUGUACUUGAGACCGGAGAGAGUAGAAGUGGCCAUCGCGUUGAUUCCAAGUCUCGAGAGAUACUCGCAAGGGGAUGAAACAGAAUCCCAGCUUCAGCAAUUACUAGACGAUGUCCGUGGCAUGGCAAGAUACGGUGUUAGACCAUAG